CUCGAGGAAAAAUUUAAGACAUUUCGGUCUUCACUUUGAAUAGAGAGGGGCACACUUCUGUUUUAACGGCCUUUUUACAUUACACAUUUCAAUUGUGCCUUUCAAAAGGGGGGGGGGGCACGGGCCGGCUGUGCCCCGCCCCCCCCCCCCCCCCUUGGAUCCGCCAGUGACUGGGAGGGGGCUCCCAAAGAAGAAUAAAAAGUACUUUUCAUUGGGUUAUGCAACGAGCCAGCUGCGUUGCUAUGUCAUUGCAUGCGUUAUCUUUUGUUGGGUAUACUUGAAGCCCUCCGGUUAGAAAUUACCGUAGAAAACAACAACCAAUAAGCUCAAUUGGUCUAAACACGGUAUCUUGAUCGAGUCAGCGGUAGGGUUUCGAAAUCGAAGAUCUUGAUGACCGAUUAAACCGAAUUGUUAAUUUCUAAAAUAGUACAUUUUCAUCGGAGAUAGCUUGUCUUCUUUGAGGUUUAACAGUCUUUAUCCAUAUAGUGGUGUGGGACCGUUUCUUCAAGAGCUAGAGAAACGUGAAAAGGGUAUCACGGGAGCAAGGAGAAACGUUUGGACCGGAAUAUUAAUGGAAUCGUAAUCUGUGGACUCGGUAUCCUUUCGCGAAAGGUUCCAUGUGAAGUUGAAACAGAAUGGAACCAGUUUGCAUAGAAGAGGGUGCUUCGCAUUCACGGGAUGCAACAAAAUACAGUGUCUGUGUGGCUAUCACAACAGCAGUCAUUCUGAUCCUCUCUGCGAUAGGUGCUGCCCUCUGCGGUGGGAUAGUAUACAUUCCGCUCAAGAUGCUGUAUCCGCCCAGUGUUUAUCAGAUCAUUGCUUUCAUUGAAAGUGGGGUGUACCUAAUAACUGCCCUUCUCGGAUUUGCCUCGAUAACGAAAUUAAGAUGCAUGAUUCUGGCUUAUAUGAUUUCCUGCGUCUUAUGCAUCUGUGUCAGCCUGGCAGGACUGGGAAGGUAUUGCUACGACAUAUUUAUGUUUUCACAGCUUGGACUCUUUGGAGAUUGCGGUGGAGGGUGUUUGUUCGUCACCAUACCUAUUUGCGUGCUAGCCGUUGUUAGUCUGAUCGGAUUCGUCACCUCACUUGUUGGAUCGAUCUAUUGUUGCAAAGGGGUGUGCUCACAGUCAGAUAAAAUGACGUCAUCAAAUAUGACGGGCAUGGACCAAGUUCGAAUUCCGCGGCCUCAUACGUCAUAGCAACUUUGUUCACCGAUUUUCGUGCUAACUGUGUAAAUGGCGGGGGGGGGGGGGUCAUAUGACUGCUUCGAUUUCAAAGGUUAAUCGAUGAGUUGAAAAUCAAGUACAUUUUGAUAUCAAGUUUGUUAUGAUAAUACAGAGACAUUUAGAAAAAAAAGUUGAUGACUGCUUGAAUGAAAUCUACGUAAUAGUAACACUGCGAUGGAUUUGUAUUGAGUGAUAUCACGGGUAAGCAGCUGCUCCUCUUGUCAUUAAUAUAAAGUCCAGAAAUUACCAUGUUUGUAAUCACUCUUGGUGCUGCAAAUAUUUCCCCCACACUGUAAAAAAAUUCUGAAUCAGUAGUUUACACUUAAUUUAUAUAAGUAUAAUUUAUAAUUUGUAACUAUUUUUGUUUUUUUAAAGUAGUUUAAACUUGCCUUUUAAUUUACUUGAUUUGGUUGAUUUAUUUGGGUUCAUUAUACAUUUAAGACAAUUCACGUAUUGCUAGCUUGCUUCGAUUGAGUAAAUCUUAGUCAAUUAGGAAAAGAUGAUUAUUACCUAUAAAAUCAUGUUGAAUUUACUUAUAUUUUUCAAAUAACGCCUUAUUUAAAUAAUGCAUGAAUAUUCAUUAGAACAAGUAAAUGUUUUUUAUUUGUUUUAAUGACUGUCAUAUCUAUUUGUGUUUUAAUUGUUUGGAUAAGGGUGUGCUAACUAUUUUAUUCUUUUGUUGAAUCAAAGAAAGAGCAACAUUAAAGAGUCAUUUAGCAGAAAAUUUCACAUUUCUUUAAGGUUUUCGGAAAAUGCUUAUAUUAUUCGCACUUUUUUAUUUGUAAGAAUGAAACGAUCGCGUAUAAAUAUCAAUGUUAGUACCUAUACAUGUACAGGUAAGUGACAAUGCACAAAAUCUAGUAUUUGGAUAAGAGAUGUCUGAAAAUGAUGCUAAAGUUGGGACGAUGUGGAGCGGACUUUCGAAUCACAUAUAGUCCACUCCCCCAUUUUAUUUUUUUCAAAUAUUUUAGCGAUUGUUUUACUUAAUUGAAUUAAGUUGUUACUUAAUUUUCUUGAGUAAAAUAGAUGCAAAGAAAAUAAGUAAAUUUUACUUAAAUCUGCCAAACUCAUAAAUACUCGAAAAAAUUAAGGCAACUUUUCGCCACAAUUUAAUUGACUAAUUUCAAUCAAUUUUUUUACAGUGCAGGAAGCAUUUAUAAAGCAAUAUGUCUGAUGUUACAUGGAUACCAAAACUAUACGGUGUCGCAAAUUGUACAGUUUGUUUUAAAAGUCCACUUUGUAUUUUUUUUUUAGUUGAUGAAUAUGCGAAAAACCACAAAUAUAUUUGUUUCGUUGGUUAUUAUUGCUUAUACGAAAAAUAACUUAAAAUCUAGUCCAAUCCUAAUAUAUGGAUGAUUUGCAAUUUUAUAUUGUUUUAAUUGUUCUCAAUGCUCCAAGUGUCUAUAAAGCCAAGUUCUCAAUCGAGUGUAAUUAUUAAAAUAAACACAAAUUUCAAGGCAAACCAUCGAUGAUUGACAUCUAUAUAAAUAGAUUAAAGAAUUAAAUGAAUAAAUGGUCAAAGGCCUACAUUGUUCUUAAAAAUGGCAUUACUGGUAAUUAAUUAUUAUUUUCAAUGCCUACUUACAUUGUUUUUCCAACAUACCAAGAGUCCGUGCAGCGUUCUUUAACAGGAAUCACGCUAUAAUGUUUAUGAUACCAUUUCCAAGUGCAAAUUAAUUUUCAGAAACUUUUCAAAAGUAAGCGGUGCUCGCUCAAGCGGAAAGAUUUUUCGACAAUGUUUAAAUGUGUUAAAAGCGUCUGGAUAUUACAAAUAUAUAAUUAUGCAGGAUUAUGAAUAAAUGGAAGAAUGUA